AUGAUAGAAAAGAACGACUACAAGGCCCAUGACGAUGGGAAAGUGUCCAAAUUUAGAUGGGACAGUGACUCGACUUACCUGGCCGAAAACUGCUGCGAAACUGGUCCCUUUUUAGGGUUUGAAAAUCUUAAACGAGAGUCCCUGUUGAAAUUAAAGCUCAGCUCUCAUUUUCCAAAGCGGUGCUGCAUUUGGUAUAACAUGUUGAUGUCGAUGGAGUACAGAGAAGGUAUAAUUCCAACGAAAUACCACUUGAGGACGAGGUCCAGAUAUUUAGUGGAGCCAUGCAUUACCAAAAUUGAAGCCAUCGAGACAGCGGAGGAUAGAAUCACCUUCACCAUAACGGGUGACGGUAACUUCGGCGGUAAUGUACAGGAAUUGAUGGAGCUCGAAAAUCUCACUGAUCAACGUCGAACAGAGAUUCAGAAACUUGAGCUACAACGACAGUCCAAGAAGCGGGAAAGAGGGCAGACCCUACCUAAUGAUGUUGUCCUACAAGUCGUGCCAACUCCGGAAUUAUUAGAAUCGGAC